AUGGACCAACAAUUAACCCCCGCAAAUGACCCAAGUUUACAGCCGAACAAGGCGCCAACAUCGAAAAAGCCCCGGCCAGGAGCCAGAGGAGUGAACAAGACCAGGAGUGGGUGCCAGACAUGCAAAAAACGACACCGAAAAUGCGAUGAACAAAAGCCGUCCUGCCAAAACUGCAUCCGAGCGGGCUGGACCUGUGAUUUCCUGUCAGGACCCAAGGAUCCCGAGCCCAAAUCCACCAAGGCUCGCGGUAAGUCGAAAAAGAAACAGCAGCAGCAGAAGCCACAACAAGAAAGCACCAACAGCUCCGCCCUCAUCGUUCCCAGCCGAGCGCCGAGCACCUUCAUCGCGGACCUGAGCGCCGACGACCUCGUGAAGCUGGACCUGUUCGCCAACGUGGCGGUCAAGGCCAUGGGGAUAUCGCUCAACGCGCCGUUCCUGGAGCGCAUCAUGCUCCGGGCGGUGCAGACGGAGCCCUGCAUGCUGCACGCGGCGCUGUCGUGGUCCGGGCUGACGCGACACGUUUACUGGGUCGGGGACUCGGCGUCGCGCGCCCUCUCGGAGCGGCAGGGGUACGAGCACUACAAUAAGAGCAUUCGGAUCCUGCGCCAGAUGCCCCGAAACCGCCGCACAACCGAGCUCGCCAUGCUCGCCAGCCACAUCUACGGCUCCAUCGAUUUCAACGUCGGCAUGAUGGACCGCCUGGUGGCUCACGCCCAUGCGACCUUGGGCAUGGCUCAGGAGAUGGGCAUCGCCAUGGCCGCCGGCGAGGACUUGUCCGAGGACACCGAUUCCAUCGUCAGGCUCGUCCACAAGGUCCACAGCGAGUUUGCCGCCCAGAUCCAGGCCUGGAACGAAAUGUCGCAGGGCCGCGAUCGAGGUCUGGUCAUCACCGCGGGGGAUCCCGAGAUCGCGUCUUUGCAGCGCCUUGCGUUGAACGACGGCGACGAGUCGGAUUCGACGCCGUCUCCAAGGCCGAGACAGGCCGUGGUUGUGGAGCUUGAAGAUGACGAUAUUUAA